AUGGGCAGCUCCGGAGCUGGCAGCGUGUAUGGAGGAGCUGGAGGCUCAGGAGUCCGUGUCUCCAGGGCUGCCUUCACUUACUCCUCCAACUCUGCCGCCAAUGGCUCCCUCGACCUGGCCGAUGCUGUCGACAUCGCCGUCAGCGAGAAGGAGACCAUGCAGAACCUGAACGACCGCCUGGCCACCUACCUGGAGAAGGUGCGCAGCCUGGAGAAGGCCAACGGAGACCUGGAGCUGAAGAUCAGGCAGUACCUGGAGAGCAGAGCGGUGCCGGAGGCCCACGACUUCCACAGCUUCAACGUCAAAAUCAAAGACCUGCAGGGAAAGAUUCACCUCGCUGCUCGUGGAAACGCUGCGCUCAUCCUCGCCAUCGACAAUGCCAAACUCGCCACAGACGACUUCAAAAUCAAGUAUGAGAACGAGCUGGUCAUGCGUCAGUCCGUGGAGGCUGACAUCAUGGGGCUGAAGAAAGUCCGGGAUGAUCUGACUCUGAGCCGGGCCGACCUGGAGCAGCAGGUGGAGGGCCUGAAGGAGGAGAUGAUGCAGCUGAAGAGGAACCACGAAGAGGACCUGCUGGCUCUGCGGGCUCAGGUGGGCUGUCAGGUGAACGUGGAGGUAGACGCUGCACCCCAGGAAGACUUGGCCGCUGUCAUGGCUGGAAUCAGACAACACUACGAGGACGUCGCUGCCAAGAACCGCAAAGAACUCGAGACCUGGUUCCAGGCUAAGACGGCAGAGCUAAACAAAGAGGUGGCUGUGAGCUCCACAACGCUGCAGACGUCAAAGAGUGAGAUCGGAGAGAUCAAACGGACGGUCCAGACUCUGGAGAUCAAACUGCAGGCCCAGAUCAGCAAGAAAAGAGCUCUGGAGAUGACACUGGAAGAAACCAGGAGCCGCUACGCUAACAUGCUAGCAGGCUACCAGAAGCAGGUGAUUUCCCUGGAGGAGCAGCUGACCCAGCUGAGGGCCGACCUGGAGAACCAGAGGGUCCUGUUUGUCGAACUGCUGGACAUCAAGACUAGACUGGAGAUGGAGAUUGCAGAGUACAGGAGGCUGCUGGAGGGGGAGACUGAGACGUGA